CUAUACACAAUAUAAUAUUCUAUGGUUUAUUUUUUAAGGUUUAGAAGCAGGCAAGAUAAUAAAAGAGAGCAUCGUGAAUUUUAUAAGGAAAAUAUACACAUGGUUACUAUGGAUACUGAGUUUUCUAUACUAUAUCAGUAUACACAUGGUAUACCGUGGCGUCAGGUCGCUAUGGAAACCGAAACCAUACCGCUUGAAAGUUUAUGAAUACGGCGCUACAAUGGAGUAUAAACCGUCACUAAUGGAACGGUGCCGUCAGUAUUUCAUUGGGGAAUCGGGCAAACGGAAGCGACUUCUGAGUUGGACUUCAAGCAAUCUUCCAACAUUUUGUGUGGAUGAUUUUGACAAUUGCUGGUCAGAUGGUGUCGCUCUCUGUGCUCUGAUCGAGUCGGUUGUCCCGGACACUUGUCCUAGAUAUGACCUUUUAGAUCCUAAAUACAGAGUUAACAACUGCCGGCUCGGAAUGAGACUAGUGGCAAAGACACUAGGUAUUGUUGAGCCAAUGACACCUACACAAAUGGCUAACCCACGGGAAAUUCCCGAUGAAGUCAUGGUACAGUAUUUACAGACGAUAAAGUAUGCUAGUAAAAUUCCAGUGAAAGAGCCAGAGCGAAUUAUGCUGAAGCUUGAAGAAACAAUACAGUUAAACGAGAAAGAAUGCACAGCGACGGGCAGUGGACUUGUCGUAGCGGUUGAAGGAAAGCGUGCCAAAUUCAACAUCCAUACGGAAGCGUUUGUUUGGAAAAACAUCUAUGUGGAGAUCACGGGGACAUCUGGUGAAUGCUGCAAGCGAAAAAUCAACUAUGCAAAAGUUGACCGCGUUCAAAAGUCAUCACGGAAAAUAUUGGUAGAAAAAGACGAGCCUGAUAAAAAUAAUAGAUUGAUACAUUUUGAUUACGAUGAGAUAAAAGAGGACGAAUACCAGAUCAUAUACACACCAUGUAAUUCUGGACAGUACGAAAUUGCUAUAACAUGGGGUGGUGAGCAUAUAAAAAAUAGUCCAUUCACCGUAAAAGUUCACGAACCAAGAGUCAAUGGCUCCUCAAAAUCUGAGCAGGGUACAAAGAGAGUGUCUUUUAACACAGGCAACGUGGCGCGGGAAUUACAAAGUCAUGGUUUAGGAACUGUAAAACAAGGCAGACGACAGUCUCUGUUUAGACAAUCUCAUCUGGAUUCAGACCAAUUCCCAACAGAUCAGAAAGGGGAACACGGUGACUCUGUAAAAACGCAUUUUAAUAGGAGUGGUUCAAUAUUUGGCAUGAGUGUGAAGAAGUCAAACGGGCGUCGAGGAAAGAUAAUUAGAAAAAUCAUCAAGUGUCCAUCAGGUAAUAAAGAAAUCCGGUACUCCUCUCCAUCGUUGGCAACACAGAGAAGUAUUGCGUCAUCUAAAGACUCAAAUGACAGUAUUGAUGUUAAGCCCACUACGCCAAAUCGGUACUCGGGGGCUACAGCCGAAGAGCUGAAAGUAGUGAGGUUUGCUGAUCGCUUAUCUAAACAAUUAAUCGGUAGAGUUUAUUAUGAAAUCACGAAAGAAAUUAUUAAAGUCAAAGCCAGAACUAGCCUAAACACCACUGGCAAUAAUUCACCAGCAGAGAUAGGCUUAGUAAACGGGCAAAACUUACUGGAGCAAAAGUUAGGAGGCAAUUGUAAAAACAAUGAGCAUGGCAAAGACAUUAAGAGCCUAGAUAUAUGUAACUCUCAGCAUGCAAAAGACGAGCAGAUUCACCUUAGAACAAAAGCAAAGUCUGACAAUCACUCUUGCAAUCACCAAAGUGGAAACGAAGAUAUCGCUUUACCACCCAAUCAGAACAAACCAACAAUAGCUACAGAAAAACUAGACCAAAGAGGCUCAAAGCCAAUCACUGAACCGGCUAAAAAACAAAAGUUUUCAACUGACGAAAACAACCACCUAGCCCUUCAAUCACAAGACAUGACCUGUAAGCCUAUACAUUCAACUUCCAUAGAAAGUCCCGUUUCGAUUGGUUCUUUGAAGGAAUCAAUAAAUUUUGCUUCUAAUGAGACUAAUAAAAGUAGUUCAUAUGACAUUUCUCUAGAUUCCACUAUGUCAGUAGACGAUUUCUAUAUGAAACCCAGUUAUUACACAAAAGUAUCUAGACCAUACCGACCAACAUGGCAAGUACACACCAUAGAUCGGGCUCAUAAUGAUAUUGUUUUAGCCGAUGAACUCGUAAAGACCUCAAAAACGGAAGUGAAUGGAACGACGCAUUUACGCAAAAACUCUUUUAUUAAAACUAACGUUUCUAAAACCGCUCCUAUAACGAAUGUUUCUCAGAGCAAUAUUGAUAACAAUUCAAAGAUUCCAAAUAAUUGUUAUUUAGCAGACACCAUCACUGCUGAUGUCAAACUCGAGACAACGUCUGAAUCGGAAGACAUACCAACCAAAAAGAACCCAUCAAAUGUAAGCAACGAAUUUCAGGUCCCAUCAAAUCAAACAUCAUCUGAAUUUCCGAAGGGAUUCGGUGUUCCACUUGAGACAGGCUCUGAUAUUAGGAGAAAUGAAUCUGACACAUUUUACGGAACGUACACAGACAUUGCCAGGAUGGAAAAUAACCCAAGUCCAAAACAUGAUGAUGCUAUAACAUAUAGGCCUAUUGCUCAAAAUUCAUCAAAACAGGAGACAGAAAAUAACAUGCAUCCUACAUUUAUGUCAGGAAUGAGAGAAACUCCCCAAGAUGUUCGCCAAAGUUUCAAACCAUUAGUUUUACAGAAUACUCGAGCUACCCAAAGCACGACACGAAUCAUACGCCGUAGCAAUCGUAACAAGCCUUGUCAUGAAAAAGCGACGCAAUGCACAGCGGACUCAAUUCGAAGAGCGACUGGAUGGGGCCUGUUUCCUCGAAGUCCCCAGCAGUCACUCGAAAAUAAUGAAAAUGAUAAAGAUAUAGAAUCAAAGACAGAAACAAAUUCAAGAGAUGAUCUUGAUAAAAUCCAACCUCAGUUAUGCCUACCGUCUAUUAAAGGUAACACUGUUGAUGUUCAAACGACUACUCACGGAAACAAAGAACCUGGUACUGAGAAGAUGAAGCGAACUAGGCGUCCUCGUUUUGCGAAUAGGCAAGGGACAUUCGACAGUGGGUUUUCAGACGAAAAUGCGUUGAGUGGCCAUAGCAAAAGUCCAGAUUGUGUCUUAUUAGGACAGAAAGAUGUUUCCUCGACGUCACAUAAGUCUAAUACUAAAGAUGACCCGCAAACAUGUUAUGAUGUAAUGAGAGACAGUCAAAAAGACAUAUCAGAAUGGAAGAGCUCCUUGUCGAAAACAUCCAGUCAACUAACGCUGGAAAAAAUUAACACUUCAGAAAAGGAUCAAGUCAUUGAACCACCGUUGUUAGACUCAACACAUAACCAAAUAAUUAAUGAAAACAUAAAACUAAUUAGGCCUGUCAAUACAGGCAAUGUUUGUAUUGCGUCACACGGUUCUGCGAUGGAAAGUGUGCCACAAGGCAUUUCCUCAAAGGAGGAAGAGGUUGAUAUCGACGCACCAAUUUUGACAAAUCUUAGCGAUCGCUUGUCACCAAACUCGGUCUGCUCUCCUCUCGCAGGCUCAUCUAACGACGCAGAUAUGAGCAAUGUCGAUGGUGACGAAUCUUCGGUAGAUACCGAUGCGUCAUCUGUCCUCGAAAAAUUCCCAUUGGAGACGUCACACAAAAGUAGUCCUUCUGAUUCAUUCUUUCUGCCAGCCUAUCCUUUUCAAGAAUGGAUGAAAACUAUUAAUGAUAUGAACGAUGUUACAAGUCAUCUCCACGUAAUGCAGCCAUUCGGCAAUGGUCCUCACUCUCAAUAUUCGUAUUCAAGAAGUGGUAGCCCACACGAUAGAUAUAGAGCUGUCUAUGACAGUGAUACCAUGUCAUGUCGAUCCACUAAUAGUUUCGGAAACAGUUGGUCCCAUUGUCCUCGGCUAGGUCACCGAUGCGUGUGCGAAGAAUCAAGCUCAAUUACCAGCAGUGAUUUCAGUUGUUCUGGAAGACGGUGUCAUGGUUGCAAGGUGUUCGGGGUUGGCAUACAGAACGGAUACGUAAACGUGAAAAACAAUUUUCAGGUUGAAACAUCGAACGCUUCUAGAGGCGGAUAUUUAUCAGUUAAUAUACGUGGACCACGCCGACACUCCGUCAUAGAGAUCAGUGUGGUCUUUACGGGCGAUGACUUAUACGAGGUGCUGUAUGAAGUCAACAUGCCUGGGUUUUAUGUAAUUUCUGUGAAAUGGUCCGAACAACAUGUGAUCGAUAGCCCAUUUAUUGUGGGAAUAAAAUAAUAAGUGCCUUCUUGGUUAUUGAUAAAUGUAAAUUUACGAUGAAAUCUUUAUAGAUCAAAUAUGAGUGCAAUAUCGGAUAACAUUAUAUUACAGUAUAUAGAAAUGUAUUUUCUUCUAAAUAUUAGCCUUGAUAGAUGGGCCUAAUAUAGCUAUUGUAUACUAAUAAUAACUUUAUUACAAUUAUAUUUGUACACGAGUAUACGAUAUUAUAAUAUACUUAACCCUCGUCUACAGGGUAACAUGGCAAAUAUCAUGAUGAAUAUGAGUUAGACACAAAGUGGCUUAGAUUGAAUAUUAUUAAUUCUCACGUGAACGUGAUAUUUAUAGUGUAGUGUUUAUUUUGUACCGGUACGUCAAAUGUACACUAAAAAAGGCCAGUUAGAUCUUGAAAUAGAUACUUGUACAAUACUAUUUGGGGGAAAACCAAAAUUUAAUCAAACAAGUAAGAUAAUAUUAUGAAUAAAAAUACGAAGAACGUUUAUUUUA